AUGCCUUUCACCGCCUCCGAUAUCUGCAAGAUCAUUCUUGCCGUCAUCCUCCCGCCCGUCGGUGUCUUCCUCGAGCGUGGCUGCGGCGCUGACUUCUUCAUCAACAUCCUGUUGACCAUUCUUGUCUGCCUCGCGGGUACUCCGUACGAGACUACGGAAUACAGCAGAAAUGAUUCAUUUUGCAAAUUGCAACAUGGUAAAAUCCGCCAGCGCAGCGGAAGCCGAGGGACGCGUACGCAGCUCGGACGCAGAAGAGCUCGGCACUGCGGGUACCUCUGGGCCUUCUGGCAAUCGGCGCGAAGCCAGAAGCGUCCGGGGGCCCAGGGCUCCAUUGUGGCUGGCUGGCCGGCCGCUGGCAGCAAGCGCCCGGUGGGACAGGAUAGGACAGGACAGGGCCCCCGCCUUCGCGGUGAGGCCUGUAUCCCUGUCCGCUAG